AUGGGCAACCAGGAUGUAUGGGAAGAUCAGCAUCACUCACUGCUGAAUGGUCUCUUGUCCAAUGAAGUAGCCAGUGUGACCAGGGUCCUCGACGCAGAUAGAUGGUCUUUGGCUGAAGCAAGGACUGGUGAGUUGAUAAAGUGCAUCCAACCAAAUCCACACUCGGAGGAUCGUAGAAACGCGGUUGUAAAUUAUGUUCAACGGUUAAUCGCAAAGUGUAUCUCCUGUCAGGUGGGCUAACUUACUAUCUCAUGUGGUUGCUUUACUAUUACAGCCAGUCUCACCAUGGAGCUCCCAUGUACGGUUGUAAUUGAAAGCCUGUUUUAAAAACCAACCUUCUAAUUGCUGGUGUUCAACCUUUUAAGUUCACUAGGUGUAUAAUAAUUUGGUGGCAAAGUCAAUUGCAAGAAUGUAAAAUAGAACUAUUAAUCUUUUGGAAAAUUUUCACCAUCUUCUGUCUUAGCUCAAUGGAAUUUUGUGUGGUAGAAUUGAUGCAUGACGAGUUAGCUUGCAGUUCUACAUUUUUCAAGCAUUUUCUUUCUUUCCUCGUGCUUUGAAAUUUCGUCUAAACUUCAAGCUUUCAUAUAAUUUUAUUUCUUUCCUUACUUCCUAUGAUUUCUGGAUGUCCUUCUCUUCCACGUCUGCAGUGGUUAUGGAGUACAUUAGUGAAAGUAUUCAAUCACCUCAUUAUGCAUGCAUAUGUGUUAUGGAGUUAAUUUCUAUUAUCCAACUGCUGUAGGGGGGUUUUUUUAUACAACUGCUGAGCUGCCUUGAUUCAUUACCUAGUACGUUGUAGGGGGGUGCCAAAUCAAAUGGUCGGUAAACUUUGUGAAGUCCCUGGAUAUUCUGUUAUGUCAUUACUUUAGGAUGACAUUGAUGAUGAUUUUUUUUGGUCUAUUUUGGGUUGGUAUCCCCAAAGGUGGAGUGGUAUGCUGAUACUUUUCUUCAUUUCUAUGCUGUAUUUUGGCAUUUAUCUUCUCAUCACAUUGAAUGGUUGUUUAUCUUUUAUUGGGAGAUGGAUCAUACCAGCUUAGUAUCUGUCCCUGUUCUUUUGGCUGAAUUUGUACUUCUGCUUAUUGAGUAUUUUGCCUUUCUCCAUUGAAAGUAGUGAAAUACAACUGCCAUAUAUCUAAGGAAGUUCGUGCCAUAAAUCUUAGCUGGCAAGUUAUUUGGUUGAGAUACCUACUUAUCAGUAAUAGAACUGCCUAGUUUUACACGCAGGAUGAAAAUAGUGAAGUCACGUAAGUUUGACCCCUGAAGACAAUGUUACGAAGCAUAAAUUUUUCUUUGUCACUGAACACUAUUAUGGAUAUUUCUUCCUUGUCUUAUGGGUUGUUUUCAUGGUGAUGGUUCUUGUCAGGUCUUCACAUUUGGUUCAGUGCCUCUGAAGACUUAUUUACCUGAUGGGGAUAUUGACAUGUCAGCUUUCAGCAAUAAUCUAAAUUUGAAGGACACAUGGGCUAGUGAGGUUCGAGAUAUGUUGGAGAAUGAAGAAAAAAGUGAAAAUGCCGAAUUUCGUGUGAAAGAAGUUCAGUAUAUUCAGGCAGAAGUACGUAAUAUCAUGAGAAAGCAACAGAUAAUUUCGUAGAAUAUUUUUAUAAUUUCCAGAAUUCUAUGUUAUGUUUUCUGUAUGAUUCUUCUCUGAUGUCUACGUUAGUUAGGACUUUUUUUUCCAUUUUAUUUCUUUCUUAUUCAGUAUCUAACAGGUUGCUGUUCUUAAAUUGUUCCGUAAUAGACCAGAGUUUUUUUUAUCACGCACUCUUUAACAGUUUAGGCGUAAUUUCUGUCCUCUUGUAGGUUUCUUCAUAUCUUGGUCUGUUGAGGCUGAUACUGGACAUGUGCUGUGACCCAUGAUCGCUUAUUUAGGCAUCUAAAUCACUUUAGUGAAAACUACUCCCUUUUGUCGUAAACAAGGACCCUGCAUAAAUGUAUCUCACUCAUUCUUUUUUCACUCAAAUCUAUCCUGCAUUGUCUACACUUGUGCCAUCAGCCAAGGAUCUACCUUUUGUAAAAUUUAUUUGAUCCCAGGCAAUAUGUUGAAUGCCUAUAGUCUUUCUCAUAAACUAAAUAUGACUCGAAUCAACAAAAAUAGAGCAUAGUGCCCUUUGUUACACGAUGGCAGAGUGUAGUGCCCUUAGUUACAUACUUCGUAACGUUUUUGAGUGUUAUAUCUCGUCUUUGGAUAUAAAUAUUCUCUUACGGGUGGUGGCAUAGCUUUCUAGAUUCUAUCAGAUGACAACGCAUUAUUCUAGACAAGGUAUUUGGCCGCAUGGGCAGCAUGCCUACAAUGGUGCUUCAGUUGGUCACCUUGGGAUAAUGGUGCCCUUGUUUGUUGCCUAGAGUCCAUCACUUGAAACCUUCUCUGAUAGUAUGUAUGCAUUUAGGGGUGAUCACUUAAUGACCCAAGUCUAGAAGAUGCUCAAUAGUUGUGAAAAGUGACAGGUCAAUACAAAUAAUAUUGAUAAAUAUAUGCUGGCUGAAUUGUCGAAAAUAAGGUUAAAGAUUAUAUAUCUUUUGAGCACUUUGUCUUCUUUGAGUUUUGUGCAUAUAGUUAUGGAAUUUAUUGGUUUCACAAUGGAGCACCCAGCAUUUUUUGUACGAUCUACUCUCUUUCAUUUCAGGUCAUAUUGAGAUGCAUAUGGAAACAUCCAUGUAUACAUCCCUCCACACAGCAAGAGUUGACCAUGUUGUAUAAACAGGCCCUCAUACAACAAGGGAUGAUGCAUUCUGUUUUCAUGCAGACGUUUUCAAGUUAGCACAUGAGCUUGCUGUAGAUUUAUCCAUUUUACAAAUUACAUUCAUACGUCAUUUUCAUGUUUUGUAUGGAAGAUCUGAGUUCUCUAAGCUAAAAUUUUAAAAUUAUGAAACAUUUGUAUCCUCAGUGAAGAUGAUUCGGUGAUGAAAAUGGGUAUCUCUAAGCACGCUUGAAGCUUUAGAAGAGCAGCUCAAGGGUAUUUUAGGAUACUGAACAUUGAAGAUGCACCCUAAAGAUUGUCCUUGAGGGAUAUUUAGGGUAUCUGACCUACUUGUUCAGGUUUAUGGUAGGACCCUGGUUCUAGACAAGAGCAGACAACAGACAUAUGGAAAUAGAAAAGGGAUAAAGAUUAACUGUAGGAAAUAUAGCUGGGCCCUGAAGAACCAUAGAGUGUUGAGGACGUUCGAGAGUUCCCCUCCUCUCCUUCAGCCACGGCUGCCCUAGAAUAUUCCUCGAUGCCUCCUUCCCCUCUACAACCUGAGCCCUAAUACCUCUUUUCCUUGUGCAGGGAAAAGACCUAGCUGCCCCUCAUUAAGUCCUCACUUGAAGGGAUUGUUUGGUCCCUUCAAGAGGUGGUACUAGGCCCUUCGGGCCGCUCUUCUUGGCUGAUAGUAGUUAGGCCCACUGGGGCCUAGCGGUUUAUUGUUAGAAGUUUAGAUGAUGCGUUUGUCACAUCUACUGUGGAGGGCUUAUGCAGGUUUCAAGUAUGUCAGUCAUGGAGAAAAGUAAUGUUCCAAGUUUUAAUGUAUUCGACCGAGUUUUUGUCGUUAUUUUCAUGAAGAAGUUGCUUAGCAUUGACGUGCCUUCCUACUAACAUUACAAAGUCUUUCAAGAUGUUCUUCUAAUAUGUCUUCUGUAUGUGAUCUUUCUUUUCGUUUUGAUGACUUGACAGCCGAUUGGACUAAUUUUUGUUUUAUCAUUGUUUCUUGAUAUGGUUUCGAAUGAUACUGAACUUAGUUAUGCAGCCCGUUUCUUAAAAAUAUCUUGGUUGUCUUACUAUUACAGACGAAAAUCGGCUCGUUUCUAAUUUACCCUUGGUCCAAUGCAGGUGAAGAUUAUAAAAUGUCUUGUUGAAAACAUUGUCGUGGAUAUAUCGUUUAAUCAACUUGGUGGACUGUGCACCCUUUGUUUCCUUGAAGAGGUGAUUUUUUUUUUGUUGUGCCACAAUUGUUUGCAGAUCAACCUUCAACUUGUCAAAAUAUUACUUGCCCCUGCUCUUUACGCUUACCAAGAAUCUUGUUGCACAGAUUGACCAGUUUAUAAGCCACGAUCAUCUAUUCAAACGGAGCAUUAUACUAAUAAAGGCGUGGUGCUAUUAUGAGAGCCGUAUUCUUGGUGCACAUCAUGGACUUAUUUCAACCUAUGCUCUGGAGAUAUUGGUGCUUUAUAUCUUUCAUGUAUUCAACAAUUCCUUUACUGGACCACUUGAGGUGACGUCUGAACAAGGAUCAAUGUUUUCGUCAAAAUUAGUAUUAUUACCACUGUAACUGAAUAUCUAUCCUUUAUCAUUCUUCUGUAGGUUCUUUAUCGUUUCUUGGAAUUCUUCAGUAAUUUUGACUGGGAUAACUUUUGUGUUAGCCUCUGGGGCCCAGUCCCUGUUAGUUCACUACCGGAUGUCUCAGGUAUCAAUUUUGUACAUUCUUGCCUAGCCUUUUUUUGUUAAAACAGUUUGCUGACUCAUCAGAUGUUUGAAUUCAAUUUUUUCUCGUUUUUGCUUUUUGAUGUCAUACAGCGGAACCUCCUCGGAAGGAUACUGGUGAAUUAUUACUCAACGAACAGUUCCUUGACAAUUGUAGUUCAAGGUAUUCUGUUUUUCCAGGCGGCCAGGAAAAUCAGGGGCAGCCUUUCGUUUCAAAGUUCUUUAAUGUUAUUGAUCCUUUGCGUACGAAUAACAACCUCGGGCGCAGCGUCAGUAAAGGUAUUUUGAUUCUUCCUUGAAAUAAGUAUUUUGUUUAACAGUCUGUUUUGCCUGAUAUCUUCAUUUUCACCUUGUUUAUUUGAGGAUGCUUAUCUGUUUAUUCUAUUGUUUCUUGGUUUAUGUAUUUGGUGGAGGUCAUUAGGUAGAACCCAGACUUUGUCAAGUUAAUAAAUGAAAUGGGAGCUUUGUUUCUUGUUGGAGUAGCUUUUCUUGGUGAAGCAAAAUAAUAUUCAAAUGCUCACCUGAAGCAUGUAAAACAACUUCUAAUUUUGUGUUGGUUAUCUUUUUAUUUACAUCUGAAAGGACGCCAUUUUUGUCGGCACUUUCUGAUUGGGAAUGCAGGGCCCUUUGAAUAGGGGGAACCGGAAUACAACAGAGGAUCACAGGGGAAAAAACUCACCUGUGCUGCAUAGCACCAAUGCCAGUGACUUGAGCUUCACAACUACUAGUUCCCUCUACCCAAACCUUAUUCUCUUCCUGGCCAGCCUGGGGGCCCAAAAAGGGGUGGCAUUGAGGAUUGGGCAUGCGCUGUGUUUAGACUAGUAGCUUUGUUGAAAAAUUUAAUUGUAAAGCUUCAUUGUAUCCACACAUUUUUUUAAGAAAAAUCUAUUAUCCAGAUCUGAGUGUGUUUGUUGAAGGCAUUUUGAUCUAAAAGUAUACUGUAUUCAACACUAUUUCAUUAAAAAAAAUUAUGUAUGUACUUUACAAAAUCUUAUGUUGUUCAAAGAUGGUCUUUUCAGAUGAUCAUUCCUGAUCCUGUUAAGACACAAUCUAGAGGGUUAUCUGACUUUGACUUCGACUUGCACUGUUUUUUUAAUUUGAUCCGAUUUAAGAUUGAGUCAGUUCAGUCCAACUUGAAUUGUUAGAUGCCUAGGCAUAAGCCCUAAGAUGCCUGAGAAUUUCUAAGAGAGUUCCAACUCAGUUAAUUCUCCAAAGAGUCGAAUGAGUUAUAUGUGUCGAGCUGAAUUGAUCACAUUUUGACUAGAUAUGUCUCAUUAUCUAGUUGAUGUCCACAUCUGAUUGUGUAAAUCUUUGUCAAGGUACCUUUGCCACUUGAUUAUUUUAUUGUAUGAGUGAUUCCAUCAUGUAACCUCUCAUCUCCAUGCAUAUCAUUUACACAUUGAGUUGCUUUUUUUGGGUGAUGGAUAUUUUAGUCUCCGGGCCUGGCAGGCGCUGAACCAUUAUUUGUCAGUUAACAAAGUUACUCAUUAGUGGUUUCCCUCCAUACUCCUGAACUAUAUAUUACCACUAUGUUCUGCCUGUAUAUAAAUUGCAACACUGCUCUUCAUGCUCUCUUUUGUCAUUUCAUAUGCAGUAUACUCUGUUUGCUUUCUACUUUCCCCAUGUUUGGCUAGCACGGUAUCAUAUCCAGUUAUUUGCUGAUAUUAGAUGAAAACUGCAUUUAAAACGUUUUCUGAAUACGCUUUUCAGGCAAUUUCUUUAGGAUACGCAGCGCUUUUGCUUUUGGGGCAAAGAGAUUAGCUGGGUUACUCGAAUGUCCAAAAGAUGAUAUAAUUUCUGAAGUUAACAUGUUCUUCAUGAAUACAUGGAAAAGACAUGGAAGUGGUCAUCGUCCUGAUGCUCCUGGCUCUUAUUUAUGGAAUAUGCAACCUUCAGAUAGUCCAGGACCUGUGGACGAGUCUAAGAACUCCCAUAACCAUUCAGAGCUCAGGAUGAGUGAGAAUCUUGGAUCAAUGGUUGGACAUGAAUAUCAAAAUGAUGCAGGUAUUUCCUCUCAGGGAACCUCCCCUCAGGUUGCUUCUACUGUAAGUCAACCUACUCAAGCCAUAUAUAGGCCUGGCAGUUUCUCUACAGCAUCUCGAUUACAAAAUCGAAAAACCUAUGGCAGUCAAACAGUCUCCAGAACUUCAGAUCAAAUAGAAAGAAAUGUGCGUUCCAAUGAACCUGUUCAGGGUGCCAAGGUCCAAAAAUCUCCCAGGCCCAACUACGUUUCAAGUGAAUCUGAAGGAGUGAGUAGGUUUCAAUUUUCUCGGACAAGAUCCAGUCCGGAGCUUAGUGAUACAUCGUCUGUUGGUUCUAGUCGAAGGCAAACCAAAAUACCAGAAACAGUCAAAAGUCAUAUUACUUCGUCAAGGCCAGAGCAUGCCGGCAGAAUGAAGAAUCUGGGUUCAGAAAUACCAACUAGCCAUUAUUCCAGAUUCUCGGUCAACGAUUCUUCAUCUUUGAGGCACAGUUCGUCCAAUCAAAGUCUUGAUGUAGCCACUGAUUCCAACCGCAGUGCAAAUAGUUAUCACAGUGAUGCUGGUUUUGUUACAUCAAGUGAUGAGUUUAGUUCAAUCACUGAAGCUCUAAUGAGGCAACAAGAAGAGCAAGAUCUGGUUAAUAUGAUGGCAUCAUCCAAAAUUAGUAAUUUGAAUGGGCAAGUUCAGCUGCCAAUGAGUAUGCCUUCUGCCCUGCCAUUCCCAUUACCCCCUUCAGUGCUUGCAUCAAUGGGAGAUCCUCGAAAAAGUCUAGCCGGAAUUCUCCCUGGAAAUAUACCUUUGAUCAAUCCCCAUGGCGGAUCUAUCAUGCAAUUUCCUCACGGUCUUCCUUCUUCCCAGCUGCCUAGAUACUUUCAUAAUGCUGGGUUGGUGUCAAAUCCAGAAGAGAUUACUGACUCUGGUCACGAGAGCUCAAGCCUGAGGGAGGUGACAGUUGAAGAUGAUAAUGGGUUCUGGCCAGAACAGGAAAGCGUAUCUAGAGGGUCGACUCCAGAUAGGAGAAACUUUCAGAGGUUCCAUUCUGACGACAGACAUUCGUCUUCCAUGGGAGUCAACUCCUCUUCCUUGGGAGCUGACAAUUCGAGUGAUUCUUUCAAUAGGGGUCAGCAUAGCUUUGUUAGAGAAAAUAGGCUAGCCAGGGUAGAGCCUAGUGACAGUUUCCAGCAUCAGAAUGAUAGAGGUCAGGAGACCUACUCCACUGACACCGCUACGAAUUCGAGAUUUAUGGCAAACGCACAGGCGAGCUCCUCGAGGAGCAGCUCUUUCUCUGAGAGUUCCUGGGAUGGAUCGUCCAUGAAGGCACCCAAGCUGGCAAGAGAUAAGAGAGGAAGGAAACCAGCUCCUGUACUCUCAUCGGCAUCUUAUGUGGUAUCCAAGAGAGGGUUACAGUAUGAUGAAUCCUCUUCUGUUAAUGUUUCAGUUCCUGGAGAGGAUGAACACAAAGACUGGAUUCCACUCGCAGCAGAGAGGAGCAUGGUACCCUCUUCUUUGGCUCCAGGACUUUCUCAUAGCCACCAGUUGUCAGGUUUUGAACCCAAGCAGUUGGGUGGUUCAGAUUCAAUGGUUCCUAUGGCACCCAUGCUGGUUAGCGCUGGUUCACAGCCAAGGACAGGGGAUAAUGCUGGAGUUAUAUUUUACCCUAUGGGGCCUCCGGUUCCAUUUUUAACGAGGUUCCCAAUCUGGAAUUUUCCUUCUGAAUCGGGAAACUUUGAUGGAUCAGUGAGUCUAGAUGACAACGGGCUUGAUAAUGGGCAUUUAAAUCCACCUGACAAGAACUUCGAUAUGGGGAGAAAUCUUGAGCAUUUAGAAGCUCGUUUAAGUCCUAGCUCUGCUAAGGGUGCAUCUUUUGAACAUCUGGAGGAGCACAAUCGUGACAUUCUCAACAGCGACUUUCUCAGUCAUUUGCAAAAUCUGCAGUAUGGAAGGUUCUGCCAGGACACGCAUUACCCUGGACAAUUUAUGUAUCCUUCACCCAUGGUUUUCCCCACAGUGUACUUACAAGGUCACUUCCCAUGGGAUAGCCCCGGUAGACCUCUACCGAACAAUGUGAAUCUAUUCCCAUUCACAGGUUAUGGCCCUCGGCUUGUACCCGUAGCUUCCUCCCAGCUGAAUCAAAAUAGGCAGCCUGGCGUUUUCCAACGCUACGGAGACGAAGUCCCAAGAUACCGCGGUGGAACUGGAACAUAUCUGCCUACUCCUGUAAGUUAAUCCGUCUGAUGGAGCUGAGUAUUAUUCAUAGAUGCAUCAAAUACCAUCACCCAAUUUUUUUAUUCAAUGCUUACUUGUCCGAUCAGGCUCUGUUUCUCAAAAAUUAUGGUUUCGAGUAGACCUGUACAAUUGGGGCAUUGUAGAAACAUGACCAUUUGCGGUGUUCUAUGUUGUCCUGUCAAUUUUUUUUGUUUUACCAGCCUUAAGCUUGGUAAUAUUGGUAAAAGAUUAGUAUGUUUGCAUGUUCCUUAAUUAGUUGAAACAGGAGUACUUGUGAGAUAUGCCAACCCUCAUUCAGAGGCACUUUGAAAACCAAGUAGCAAUCGAAACGGAUAGUUGUAAAAUUUUAAGAUGACUGAUGUGGUUUUUAUUUGAUGUUCAUUCCACCCUGAAAUAUUAUAAUAGUUCAUAUAGAAGAGGUUUUUUCUAUGCACAUUGGUCGUACUGAGAGUCAGACUAUUCUGCAAAGCACAUUAUCAUCAUGUUAGUGGCAGAAUAAAAAAAAAAUCUUUAAUUUUUCUUUAUAGCUUCUUGGGUUUUUUGCUUGUGGGAAUUUUUUUUUAAUGGUUCCUUUCCAUAAAACCGCAGAAAGCAUCGUCGUACAGGGACCGACAAUCUUCACGUGGACGGAAUCACAAAGGGAACUACAACUACGAACGGAGCGACCAUGCUGACCGAGAAGGGAGCUGGACCAGCUCAAAGUCUCGAGCCGCCAAUCGCAGCCACGGCCGCAACCAAGCCGAAAAGUCAAAUCCAAGGCCCGACCGGUCGUCUGUGCCGGAUAACCGAUCCAACAGGCCUUGGGAUUCACACAGGAACGAGCCCACGCCCUCCUACCAGAACCAGAAUAGUUCAUUCACUGCAUCGAGUAAGCAGGUGUCGGCGAACGUGCCACAUGGCAUGCACCCAUUGGGUGUGGUGAACUCAAAUGGCAUCAACUCAGCAGGAGCCAGCGUCCCCUCAGUCGUGAUGUUAUAUCCUUAUGAGCCUUCCCACUCUGACUACGAGUCCUCACAGCAACUUGAAUUUGGCUCACAGAGGCCGGUGCAUCUCGUUGCCACUGGUGAAGUGCCACGACCUGCAGACAGAGGGCCAAUGAGGCCUGUCUUUGACCAGAGGCAAGGGGCUUAUGAUCAGCAGGCCUCCCCGCACUCUUCACCCGAGCAGCCAUCUUCGCCCCAAGUCCACCGAAGGUACAAUCCUUUCUCCUCUUGAUCCCCCUCUUAUGGUUUUUCUGGGCUUUUUCUUAGUGUUUUUUCUUUUUAUAAAAAAAAAGGAGAUAAUCAGAGGUAGUUGGGUGAAAAUUGGUCUUUCUUGUGGUUAAAAAAUUGAUAUUUUUCAUAUUCUUUGGUCUUCCUUUUGCUGGAUGAAGAUUAUGAACCGUGUUCGUUUGAUUUCGGCCACCUACUGGUCUCUGUAUGCUGGUUUAGAGCCCACAUUCUUUGUUAUAUUUUCAAAAGCUCAGCAUUCUUAGAACAUCAUCGAUAAUAUUCAGUAAAUUUAAUUUUUACUUUUAGAAAAUAUUUUGGAGAUUGCAGAUGUGUUGGUUAUCCCUGGUGAAACCCUUAUUUUGGCUGAUGAAGGAGAGAGAGAGAGAGAGAGAGAGAGAGAGGCUUCGGUUGAUGAUUACAGUACAUCAUUGAAAGGGUUUCAAACAGAUGAUCAGUGAACGGCUACCGAGAAUAACGAUUUUGGUGGAUCAAAACUUGGAUUUUUUUUCCUGUUUGCUCAUAAACCCCAAAUAUUUUGAUGAGAUUACUGCGGAAAUCCUGGAUGCCCAAUUGUUUUCAGAAGGUGGCCGCGUAUGAUCUGUGAGGCUGUCAACUAACCUCACCUGUUGCAUUAAUGUUUAUAUAGUUUGGGAUUAUUCGAAGAGAUUUCAUUUCCUUUUUCUGGUUAGAUUUUUAUUACUGAUGAUUUACGUCCUAUCUUAGCGUUAUUUCUGCCUAAAAAUUGACUAUGGUGUUUCCAUUGCGUCCAUCUUGACAGGGGGAUUUGACUUGAGGACCCAUAGAUAACAUUCAGCUCUCUCUCUCUCUCUCUCUCUCUCUCUCUCUCUCCCCCUCUCUCCCUCUCUCUCUCUUAACAGGCUCAAACAUGUUUCUAUGAUCAUUCUUGUAAUCUGUGUGUGAAUCUUCUCUCCCCUUGCAAGGGUUGACGAAUGUAUGUACACAAGUUAAUCUCUCUCUCUCUCUCUCUCUCUCUCUCUCUCUCUCUCUCUCUCUCUCUACCCGGGUCCUGUUCGGGUGACAGUGUUGUAGGCUAUGAUUUCUAAGAGCUCAUGACCAAUCACCCUAGAACUUAGUAUCCUUGCUGCCCUUUUAUUUCGUCUCUUAUUUCGGUUUAUGAAUCAACUUGGAGUCUUUUGGCGUCUACGAGGGGGGACGGAUCAUAUCAGAGGACCCUCUUGUUAUUAUCUGAUGUAAUGGGGAUGGGCGGAUGGAUGGAAGUCAGUGGCUGAAUCUAUAAUCAUGAAUGUAAGUUAG